AAGGGGCAAACCUGGUGUGCGUCAGGGUCGCCCAGACUCAGAACACGUGAGCCUACUAACGCCUCAGUUGAGACCCCAGCCCCACCCCCGCCUCCGUCGCUGUGCGUAGUUCCUGCACCAAAGUGCAACCAGCUCUCUGGCUGCGGGGGCGCGCGUGCCCACCUUCUCGAUCGAGACUUCCGGGAUCCGACGCUUGGAGGGGAGAGGGGGGCGGAAGUGGGGCUUCUCUUGCUUCCGUCUCGGCCAUUGUUUUCGCUUCUGCUGGCCACUGCGGUGUCUGGCGCUCGGGGGUCGCCGCGGCGGUGCCCCGGUGAGCGGGCCUGGGACGGGGAGGGAAGUGUUACCAGGGCCAGGGCCGCUGGGCUGGGGCUGCUCGGCUGGAACUGCGGCCGCCCACUGCCCAGGUUGGCGACGGCGGCCCGACUCACUCUUCUCCCCCGUGGUCGGCGCGCGGUCCCGGUGACGCUCAGAAGGCGCCAGAUGUAGAGCAGCCUCUUUGUCCUAGUGCUCUGACCAGCUGUGCCUGGCACAGAGCCCGGCACCCGCGGGCACAGCGAUGAGCAGGGCAGACGUGGCCAGGUGACACUCCCAUCAUCCUAUAUCCUCAAUUCUGACAAUAGCUUCUGAGACCUGAAUUACAGACCAUCAUUUUAAUUGGACAUAAACUGCAAGAGCAACAAGCCUCUCUUUGGUGUCACAAUGGCUACCCAAGGCAGGGGAACUUCAGGCCUCUUCCCCAGGGGCGCUGUUCUCCAGAGACAGGAGGGCUGCCUGACCGUGAAACAGGAACCAGGAAGCCCGACCUGGGGGCAUGGCUGCAGUCUCCAAAAGAAUCACCCUCCUGUCUGUGAAAUUUUCCGGCUCCACUUUAGGCAGUUAUGUUAUCAUGAGAUGUCUGGGCCACAGGAGGCACUGAGCCGGCUCCGGGAGCUGUGCCGCUGGUGGUUGAUGCCAGAGGUGCACACCAAGGAGCAGAUCCUGGAGCUGCUGGUGCUGGAGCAAUUCCUGAGCAUCCUGCCUGGGGAACUCCGGACCUGGGUGCAGAUGCAUCACCCUGAGAGUGGUGAGGAAGCUGUGGCUGUGGUGGAGGACUUCCAGAGAUACGUCAGUGGACCAGGAGAGGUUUCAACUCCAGGGCGGGAACAGGAGAUGCAUUCUGAAGAGAAGACAGCCUUGGGUGCAACACAUGAAUCUCCUUCUACCUCACCCCACAGUGAGGGUUCAGCCCCUGGAGCCCACCUGGAGCCUCCUCGUGAUCCUGGGGCACACCACCACCUCUCCAGUGAGCACUCUGCAGAUGAGAACAGGAUGGUGCAUUCACAGUUGCCUCCAAAACAGGACAUUUCUGGAGAAUUGAAGUCAUCUGACAGGAUCUUAGGGGUGUUCUGUGGAGUGAUUCCUGCAGGACAAGAAGCUGGGACUGCCAGUAAAGAGGCUUUAGAGAAUCGAGAAGUUCAACCCUCAGAUGAAGAAGGAACCAGACUGGACAGUGAUUUCUUAGAAAUAACACAGGAGGAUAAAAAGAAAUCCACAGAGGAUCAAUAUGAUGAUUAUAAGGAACUUGGGGGACAUCUAGAUCUGUCCUCUAGUCUCUUAGAACAUCAGGGAGUUCUGAAGGGACAGAAGUUGUAUCACUGUGAUGAAUGUGAUAAAGCUUUUAAUCGGAGUUCACACCUCAUUGGGCAUCAGAGAAUCCACACUGGAGAGAAACCAUAUGAGUGUUCUGAGUGUGGCAAGACCUUCAGGCAGACUUCUCAGCUUGUUGUCCACCUCAGAAUCCAUACAGGGGAAAAACCUUAUGAAUGCAGUGAUUGUGGAAAGACCUAUCGCCACAGCUCCCAUCUCAUUCAACACCAGAGACUCCAUUAUGGGGAGAAACCAUAUAAAUGUAAUGAAUGUGCAAAAGCUUUCACCCAGAGUUCCCAACUCAUUGACCACCAGAGAACUCAUAGCGGGGAGAAGCCAUACGAAUGCAACGAGUGUGGAGAGGCCUUCAUUCGGAAUAAAAGCCUUAUCCGCCAUCAGGUACUUCAUACUGGUAAGAAACCUUACAAGUGUGAUGAAUGUGGGAAAGCUUUCUGUUCUAACAGAAAUCUUAUUGACCAUCAGAGAAUCCACACUGGGGAGAAGCCUUUUGAGUGUAAUGAAUGUGGUAAGGCCUUCAGUAGGAGUAAAUGUCUUAUUCGACAUCAGAGCCUCCACACUGGGGAAAAACCAUACAAAUGCAGUGAGUGUGGGAAAGCCUUCAAUCAGAACUCUCAACUUGCUGACCAUGAGCGAAUUCAUACUGGAGUAAAACCUUUUGAAUGUAAUGAGUGUGGUAAGGCAUUCAGUCUGAGUAAAUGUCUCAUUCGACAUCAGCGACUUCACACUGGUGAAAAGCCAUAUAAAUGCAAAGAGUGUGGAAAAUCCUUUAAUCAAAAUUCACACCUUAUUAUUCAUCAGAGAAUACACACUGGUGAAAAACCUUAUGAAUGUAAUGAAUGUGGAAAGGUCUUCAGUUACAGCUCCAGUCUUAUGGUACAUCAGAGAACCCAUACUGGGGAAAAACCCUAUAAAUGCAAAGAUUGUGAGAAAGCUUUUAGUGACAGUUCACAGCUCAUUGUACACCAGAGAGUUCAUACUGGAGAGAAACCCUAUGAAUGUAUUGAGUGUGGGAAAGCCUUCAGUCAGCGUUCUACUUUCAAUCACCACCAGCGAACUCAUACUGCAGAGAAGCACUCAGGUCUGGCUCGAUCUGUUUCUUAAGACAUAAUUCUCUAAAGACAGCAAGGAACUUUGGUUAAGGUUUCUAUAUAAGGAGUGUGUUAACUCUGUUCUCUGUGUUCAACCACUGAUCAAAGUAGACCAUCCCUAAAGGUUCUCUGCCAAUCACAGUGGUGGGAGAGGGAAUAACAGUGCAGUCCUUCCCAACUACUGUUUAAAAAUCUAUCUCAUUUCUUAAUUAUUCAUCCCCAAAUCAGAAUGUGUGUUUUCUCUAGGACAGAGAUAGUUCCUUUUUCUGUUUCAUUUCCUCCCUUUUACCAUUUACAUAAAGUCAUUCUCCAAGAUACUGAUUCACUUCUUGGCUAUGGCCCUCUUUAUGUACUAUUUUUUACCUCUUUAUCUACUUUUUAAACUCCUACUCUAAUAUGGUCCCUCACCACUUAGGUUCCCUGUCUAGAAAAUCUUUUUUUUCAUUCCUUUGCUAAUCUGUGUCCCACAGAACCUGCCAGAUCCAGAACCAGUCUUUCUUGAAAGACUCUCUUCUUCAAAUACUUCUCCAUUCAUGUUAAACUUCUAUUCAUUGGACUUCAGUACUUUGAGUUAGCUGGUGGUGUAUGUACAACUGUUGUUAAAUGACCUUGUAAAUUAUUCUCAACCUACUGUAUAUGUGUGUACGUUCAUGCCAACAUAUUAUAGACUCUUUGAGGUUGGAUAUAGUAUUUCUUUAAGUACAUAGAUAAUGAUUUUCAUAUGGUGGUAGUGUAAUAAAUACCUUUUUAAAACUCA